AUGUCCGCUGCUGUCGUAAUUCUUUCGUCCUCUCCUCCACGAACGUUCGCGCGUUCUCCCACCCUUGCAGAGACUCCACCUCCGUUACGGUCGCCACGUACAUUAUCGACAAGUGAGGCCAUCGACUUAAAGCAAUUCAAGAUCUCCAGGCAGGUUAGAGAUGGGUUGUCAGGCGGCUUCAGCAGCGCACGUGCCAUGCUCACCACAAAGGUCGGCGCGGAGAAUAUCCCCCUCCUGUCUCCAAGGAAAGAUGCAUUCAAGGCGAAGUCAUCACCGCAGACCGAUGAGCUUGCUGGAAACUCACUUGAAAGAGCAACACGGGGAAAAAAGGAAGGAGGAACACAAGCAGAGGAGCCGUCUAAGCAUUUCGAAUUUUCAGAGUCGUUCACCCCAAAGCCGAAUCCACGUCCCAAAACCUCUCACGCCAUCAAGCCACUGAAUAUCGAAGCUUCGGAGACGGGACCAAAACAGUCCGGUGACGGGCGUGGUUUACAAAUGAGCAGACAUUCAAGAAGCCCUUUCUCACCAAAGAAGGCCAUACCAAGGCGAUUGGACUGGACGCCCGUCAAGCCGAAGCCACACGAUUUGGAGACUCCACAAUCUGAAGACCGCGCUGUUGGAUUUUCCAAUGAUCUAAUGAAAUCUUAUGCCUUUUCCCCGGCAGCUACAGUGGCCAUGGAGAAAACUGCGACAAAACCCGAGACAAAUCAGGAGCGACCAAAUAGGAGGAGGAUUGACCUUGUGAUGAUUACUGAGGCAAGACCUGCACCGUCCUUAUUGACAUUCAAGACUUGCAAGGGUCUAGUUAAAGGUGUAAGCAAUGGAAAGGCAAAGCCCCCAGCCAAGAAGGCUCUUACAAUCACGGGGUUGGCGACUUCGCAUUACGGCGAAAGCCGGCAGAAAGAGACAAAACUACCUCCAAUGCUUGAAUACCUUACGGCGACACAAGUGGGCGCUGGGAGUGAAGCAGACUCAGUUAUGGACGUGAGUUUGAAGGUCUCCAAAUCAAAGGUUCCGAGCAGGAGACCACGUCCAACCAAAAAAGCUCCAGCAAAGACGCGACUGAAGUCUCCUACAUCCGCAAUAAAAUCCAAUCUGAAACAACCAUUUCUUUUCGGUCCGGCAAGUCAGUUAGCUCGCGACGAAUCACCUACCUUGACGCGGGAUACUCUGGAAGCAUUGAAGCGAUCUGAAUGUCUUUCUUCUGACCCUAUUUCACCACUAUCGACGCAGCCUAUCUCGAUUGAGUCGACGUCACCCAAAGCUUGUCGUGGUACGGGUCGAUUUGUCAAAAGAAGGAACUUGUGGGGUGCAGCUGGCCGCGACGAAGAUAAUGCUUUGCUACAAGUUGAUACGGUUGACCUGACCGACUCGCCUGCCGUACGUCUAGCUCUGGCUGGGAAAGAUGUGCUUCUGCAAUCUAUAGGUCCGAACCGUCAAGACAUAGACACUUUGGAUAAUGGCCCACCAGGGUCUCCUUCUAGAGCACCACCUCCAAACGCCAAAGAAGUUGAAUCACUGAUUGAUAUUGAUGAUAUCGUUACGCCUAGACUUCCAAAGUCCAUCAAACCACCUACACAGACACGAGCGAGGCUAUAUCACACUUCUCGGACACUAAAACAGCCACAGAAGGCAGCCGAAAUCAGUCAGCAGGACAGCGAGGCACAUUCGGAAGCAAAGAGCGCAGUCUCAAAUCCACCGCCAAUCAUGCCAUCAUACGUGGGCUUUUCUGAUCAUGAGCUUAGGAAACAGAUAACAGCCUACGGUUUCAAGGCCGUUAAAAAGCGGGAGGCCAUGAUCGAGCUUCUCGAGCGAUGCUGGGAGAGCAAACAUGGCGUGCAACACCCUUAUGACGAUGAAAGCGCAUCGGUUAAUGCAACGACACACGCUGAUCUACUAAGUAAAAUUCACGAUGUCUCUACGAGACCCGUUCCGAAACUCAAGAAAUCUCGUGCUAAACGAAAAUCCGAAUCUGGGGAUAUGAGCACCGCCGAGGAGCCGAAGAAGAGGAAGAAAGCAGCGACGAAAUCGAGUGAACCUGCACAAAAGGAAGGGAAGGCUGCCCGAAAGCGAGCGUCGAAGACGCUUUCGGACGAGAACGUUGUGGAUGUUGAUGAGUUGGAUGAGUUUGAUAACCACAAUAUCGAGGAGAAGCACAAGUCGGAACCUCUAGGGUUGCCAAAUGAACCAGAGCGACCGCAAUCCAAGUUGAGACCUACAGCACAAAAACCUCUUACACCACCGCCAACAGUGCCGCAAGAGAAAUCCACGCCCUCGCAAGCAUGUCAAUCUUCUCGGGCCCAGAGCGUGAACAAUAUCUCGAGAUUGGACGGUCCUGCGGCUGAAGGUCCUGAACUUACGCCUCAACAGACUCCUGCAUCUAAUAUUAUUUCACAGAUUGAUGCAGCUAUCUCUCGCCAUCCGGAAACCCAGUCGAAAGAUGGAGAAUCCCGAAACCAUCAAAGAUCGCCAACCUGGCACGAAAAAAUUCUCAUGUACGAUCCGAUUGUCCUUGAGGAACUGACGGUCUGGUUGAAUACGGAAGGAUUGAAUGCGAUAGGCGAAGAUCGCGAAGUAAGCCUACUAGAAGUUAGGGCGUGGUGUGAACAGAACGGCGUGUGCUGUUAUGGAGUCACAGGAGGAUGGAGAGGACGGAGUCGGCCGUCUUGA